ACUCCGCUACUGCUCAGCCUUUCUCGCUGCCCUCCCGGCUCUCCGCCCCAUUAACCCAGCAGCAUCCCGUUUAAAAAUCCUUCCCGGUCCCCAUCCAGCGGAGAGGGAAAUGAUGCUCGGUCGCUUCCUGGCGCUUUGCGAGCCUCUGUCCGGGCGGAGGGCGGCGGUUCCGGCCGCGGUGAGGAGCCCCAGCAGCGGCUACCGAAGCCCGGAGAACCUCGCGGGGCCGCACCGGCGCAGCUCCAUCCCUGCGGCCGGAGCCGAAGGGUUAACGGAGCCCUGGGGCAGGCCGGGAGAGCGGGGCGGGGAGAGGGGCGACAGGGAGGCGGCGGCUCCCGGUAACGGCGGCACCGAGCGCGGCCGCAUCGCGGUCCCGACCCCCAUCCCCGUCCCGACCCCCCAUCUCUAUCCCCCGAGCUCCUCGCUGACCUCCGGCCCCCACCCCGCGGGCACGGAGGAUGGACCAGUCGGUGGCCAUCCAGGAGACUCUUCUCGAUGGGGCGACGUGUCGAAUCGCCGUGCAAGGAACCGUGGCUGCGGGGCAAAGCGUGGAGAGCCGGCUGCUGGGCCUGGUGGAGCGCGGCGGGCAGCACGCGUGGGUGCCGAGAUGGGGCAAACCGGGCUUGUGCUUGGGAGGGGAGGGCUUUGUGUGGGGUGGGGUCUGCCCGGACCGAGGCAUUCCCUCCAGCCUCUGCUCCGUGUUUGCAGGAUCUACGUGUACACCCACCGGCGGAUGGCCAUCACUGCGGAGGACGUCUGGCUGGAGAAGGUUAUCCCCAUCGCAGAGGGGUUUGCAGUGGAAGAAGUGAUACCUGAUGGUGACCUUCAUGUCAUUGGUUCAGAUGUGACCGUUCGGAUCCGCUCGGAAGGCGAUGGGCUCACAGUGCAGCUGCCUUUUGGUUCACAUACCCGCACAUUCCUGCAGGAGGUCAGCAAGUGCAGCACAGAAGCAGUUGGCUCUGAAGGCAUCAAGCAGAAUGGAAAGAAGCUUGCAGUCAGUCCAGGCUGGAGCCAGGACAGCACUGACAGGAGUGCUCCCAGGCAAAGCAAACUCAAGCCAGAGGUGACAACAGAAAUGGUGCGGUCGUCCAGCGUGAUGGUCUCAAACAUGGCUUCAAUUUUAUCAGAACCAAAGUUUGGGCUACGAGAUACUAUUGUCAAAUCUGAGCUUGUGCAAAGGGAGGAUUCCUACACGUACAUCCAGAACUUCAGGUUUUUUGUUGGGACUUACAAUGUGAAUGGUCAGUCCCCCAAAGAAAGCCUCCAGCCUUGGCUGAGAUGGGACUCUGUACCUCCGGACGUUUACUGUGUGGGUUUCCAGGAGCUUGAUCUGAGUAAAGAAGCCUUCUUUUUCAAUGACACACCGAAGGAAGAAGAGUGGUUUAAAGCUGUAACUGAUAGCCUUCAUCCAGAUGCCAAAUAUGCAAAGGUGAAACUUGUGCGACUCGUGGGAAUAAUGCUUCUGUUGUAUGUGAAAGCAGACCUUGCUUUGAACAUCUCUGAGGUGGAAAUCGGGACUGUGGGAACUGGCAUCAUGGGGAGGAUGGGUAACAAAGGUGGUGUUGCCAUAAGGUUUAAAUUCCAUAACACAAGUGUGUGCGUUGUGAAUUCUCACCUUGCGGCUCACACGGAGGAAUAUGAGAGGAGGAACCAGGACUUCAAAGACAUCUGCUCUCGGAUGCAGUUCUGCCAAUCGAAUCCAAAUUUGCCACCUCUCACUAUCAGCAAACACGAUGUGAUCUUGUGGUUGGGUGACCUCAACUAUCGGCUGGAAGAACUGGAUGUGACGAAAGUGAAGCAGCUUGUAGAUGAGAAAGCAUUUCCAGAGCUUUGCCAAUACGACCAGCUAAAGAGGCAGAUGAAUGCAAAAGCUGUCUUUGAAGGCUAUACAGAGGGAGAGAUUUCUUUCCAGCCAACAUACAAAUACGACGCUGGCUGUGAUGAGUGGGACACGAGUGAGAAGUGCCGUGUUCCAGCUUGGUGUGAUCGGAUACUCUGGAAAGGCCAGAACAUUGCUCAGCUGAGCUACCGUAGCCAUAUGGCUCUGAAGAUCAGCGACCAUAAGCCAGUUAGCUCUGUGUUUGAUAUUGGGGUGAAAGUUGUGAAUGAGGAGCUGUACCGAAAGGUCUUUGAGGAAAUCGUGCGCUCCCUGGAUAAGAUGGAAAACGCCAACAUUCCCUCGGUGACCCUCUCCCAGAGAGAGUUCCAUUUUGAGGACGUCAAAUACAUGCAGCUGCAGGUAGAGAAGUUUACGAUCCGCAAUGGACAAGUGCCCUGCCAGUUUGAAUUUAUCAGCAAACCAGAUGAGGUUACCUAUUGCAAGGAGUGGCUGAUUGCUAAUCCGAGUAAGGGCUUUCUGCUGCCAGGUUCUGAGAUCACAAUUGAGUUGGAACUGUUUGUUAAUAAAUCAACAGCUACACACUUAAACUCUGGAGAAGAAAAACUUGAAGACAUCUUGGUCUUGCAUCUAGACAGGGGGAAGGAUUAUUUUCUGUCUGUAACAGGAAACUACUUGCCCAGUUGCUUUGGGUCUCCCAUUCACACGCUGUGUCACAUGAGGGAACCGAUCCAAGACAUGUCUGCAGAAUCCAUUCGGAAUCUUACCCUGAUGCCACUGGAAAUGAGCAAUAAUGCUACUCAAGCUGAAAAGCCUCUGGAAAUUCCCAAGGAGCUGUGGAUGAUGGUGGAUCACUUAUACCGCAAUGCUUCCCAGCAGGAGGACCUAUUUCAGCAACCAGGCCUUAGGUCUGAAUUUGAGCAAAUCCGAGACUGUUUGGACAAAGGAAUGCAUGAUACCCUCCUUGGCAGCAACCACUCGGUAGCAGAGGCAUUGCUGCUCUUCUUGGAAAGCCUGCCAGAGCCAGUCAUCUGCUACAAGUUCUACAACAGCUGUUUAGAGUGUGCCAACAACUACCUGCUGAGCAGCCAGAUUAUCUCUAACCUGCCAGAGUGCCAUAAAAACGUGUUUGAAUAUCUAAUGGCAUUUCUACGAGAACUACUGAAAAAUUCAGGGAAGAACAAUUUGGAUGUGAAUAUUCUAGCUAGUAUAUUUGGUGGCUUAUUACUUAGACCUCCUCCUGGACAUCCUAUGCCUGAUAUAACAGAAAAGAGGAAAGCUCAGCAAUUUAUCCAUCAAUUCCUCCUGAAAGAGAACAAUUUAUCGUGAAUUUCAGAUGCAGCUAAUCAUAUUUUUAGAUAUGAAACUACUGUAAAGAAAAAAAUGUACAGUAUAUCAGUUUGUUUUUUUUUUAAUCACAGUAUUUUAUACAAUCUUUUGCUAUUAAAUGCAGCUCAGGCAUUUAGAAUCAGGUGUCACUGUUAAUAAGCUGUAAAGUAUAUUGAAUUUUUAAAUAAGCUGUACGUAGACAAGCAAAAAUAUAAAAGCUGAUAUUUACUCUUGUAUUUAACUUGUAUUAAAGCACAGAAUUUUUAAGUCGUUAUUUAAAUAAAAACAUCCCAGUGCAUUUUCCAGCCUUGUCUGCUUUGGGCUCUUGGUUUUAAGUGUGCAUUAAGUCACACCUGUUACAGGCACGGAGCAGCCCUAUCCACUGUAGGAUACGAGCAUUUCCAUGCCUU